CGAGAUCCCCAGCACGCCCUCCUGCAGCGCUAAGGACCUGGCGGAGAGGAAGUACAUCACAGACUCGCGCUCCUCUUUCUGCUACGAGAACGAAGUGGCCCUGCAGCUCUCCUCCCCGUCCCCCUCCCCCGAGCUGCACCCCCCCUCGACCACGCACUCGCCCGUCCCGACCCCCGAAACACGCAGGGGCUCACGGGCCACCUUGGAUCACCAACACGCACAGUGAGGUGGCGUGGGGGGUGGGGGGGUGGGCAAUGGUAAUGGGUGGGCAAGAUAUGGGGAACCAGAUUCAGAAAGGGAGGAAAGAAUAGGAGAGGACAGGAGACGUGGGGUUAGAGUGAGACUAUAAGGGAGAGAUGGACCAGACAGAGGUGUAGAGACAGAGAUAGACAGAUGAGGUGUCGAAAAGAGAGGAGAGUUGAGGAUGGAGGGGGGUGAGGUAUGAGGUAUUACUGCUGCGGGUGAGGGGUAGCGGGAGAUAGGACAGAAGGGGGUGAGAGUGGGAGAGGAGAGGAGAGGAGAGGAGAGAGGAGGCAAAAGAGAGAAGGGACAGAAGCAAGACUAGGAUACUAGAGGAGGGGAGGGCCGGAGGAGUGUGUAUGCCGGAACAGAAAUGGGCUGAGGCCCCAGCUGUGGGUCGGAACGGCUGUGAGGUAAGUGGGGCAGGGUAACACCGUCAGACCGACUGAGAUACAGGAGACACUGAAGAAGAGAUGUACAGGAAAAAGGUAUAGAGAGGGGAGGGGGGGGGAGGGAACAGUGAAGGGGACAGAGGGGAGAAGAGAGAGAGACAAGGUGGGGCAUGAAGAGAGAAAAGCAGAGGAUGAGGGAGAGCAAAAGAGGGAAAGGGAAGACAAGAGCCCACAGAAAUGAGAGGGAAGUAGGGGGGUGAGUGAUUCAAGUGAGAAAGAGAGGGGGAGCUGGAGAGGAGGUGGACUGUAGCGCCACCUGUUGGCUGCUUGGGCCUGGCGAUCUUGUAAAAUCCUGGCAUUAUGUGUCAUAGACAUAUGUCUAUGUUAUGUGUGCCCUGUAUUUGACUGGCACAGCUCUGGCCCUUGGAGACGCAGUGGCUUCAGUACGUACCCAACAGAGAUGCAACAGUGCCCCCCUGUGGACGCUCUCAGCAACAGCGACACACACUGGACAAGUCAAGCAUGUCAUGACAUGUUGCCCUUGACUGUUUAUUACUUGAAUCAAGUCAUCACAUAUUAAAGUGUUUGUGUUUAAAGCUUAUUACUCUCCUAACCCUGACAUGAGUUACGUUAAUUUCCUGUGAGUCCUUUUAAUCUCUGCUGCUGGUGAACUGUUUUCUGGUGGUACCUGACUCUUGGACGGGUCUGACCCAAGCCUGGCCGGGUUCUUCCAGAGUUGGGCCGGAUCUGGGCCAGACCUGGCCCGGAGUCAGCUGGUACUGGGGCUGUGUCUUGGGUUGAGUGUUGGGAAACGCGCUUGAGCUACUGCACCGUAAACAGAAGAAAUCACCGAAAAUCUGCAUCAAUUUUAGGUGACUUCUUGCUUCUGUACUGCAUUUAAUUUUCUAAAAUGUAUUCUGUAUUUUUAAUUUUAUUCUUUUACUGUUUGUCUCUUCUGGAGAAAAAAUGAUUUUCUAUGGCAUUAUUCACAAGUGUGUUGUCCUGAGGAUAGUUUUAGCUUUAAUUGGAAAAUGUUGCAUUGCUCAAUAUUCUUCUGUAAUGGCAGCCCUAUCUGUCAUACCAUUUCUACAUUUUAUACAACUCUCACUGAUUGGGACUUUAUGAUUCAUCAUAGGAGUAUUUGUAUGUGACAUUAAUGGCUUAUAGGAGUUUUUUUGUUUGGACUUCUGAGCUCAGCAAGACGAAGACUAGUCUGAGAGCAGAGUUAGGCUGUUCUACUGGGUGGUAUAGAACCUGCCAGGACAUCAGUGGAUGUUUUAAAAACAAUUCCUCUUGAUUCAACAUGAUUUUGUCUGUAGGAUUGUAAACCAUUUCUUUGUGUGAUGGAGCCUUGAAAAUGUGUGAAAGGUUCCUGAAUCUGCAAUACAUCUGCCUCUGUGUCUGUCCUCCACUGAGUUCCUUAUUUAUGAGUCACUGGACAGUGUCAGCAGACUGCAGGCUAAAGAUCAGGCCCUCUGCACUGACUAUGCAAAAGCACUUAUUUUUCUCUCUGGUGAUUUCACCACUCUUUUUAAACGUGCAUAAAUGUGACCAGAGAAAAAUGCUGCUUUAUUUUCUCACAGCUUCUCUGGCAGCCUGGUUACCUUCUUGUGAACAUAGGAGAUAAAUGGAAAUGAAGUGAUGAAUUUACUGUCUGUAUCUAUUUAAAUAUUUGUUUAUUCUCUAACUGUGAAUGAUUAUAAAUGCAUAUGCGAUGUGAUGUUAGUAAGAGAGGUUUGUUUUUGUUUUUUCAAUGUGCGAACACACGGCACAAAACACAUGCAUUCUUUUGAAGGAAGAUAUAAACAUAAGCUAGCACUGUACACAAUGUUACCAUUUUAUUUCUAAUGAUCUGCAAUUUAAUAUUAAUGGCAUUUAAUUGUGCUGAUUGGCUGCAUGUGUGUGUGUGUGUGUGUGUGUGUGUGUGUGUGUGUGUGUGUGUGUGUGUGUGUGUGUGUGUGUUUGUGUGUGUGUGUGUCUGUGUUUUUUUUGCCUUUAGUCUCCAUAGCUACCACAUUCUAUUUAUAUUUGGCUGGUGUCAGUGAGUGUGUGUGUGUGUGUGUGUUUGUAUGUGCGUGCGUGCGUGCGUGCGUGUGUGUGUGUGUGUGUGUGUGUGUUUGACUUCUCCAGUUCAGAAGGAAUGUAACUUGAAUCCCAACCACCUGUAUUUUGAAUGCACCAGGUUAUUUUUUUAUGACAACUAGAGAAAACAUUACUCUGGAACUCAAAGUCUCUUUCACCUCCUAUUAGAUUACCACAGGUGACAUGGGACACAGGUCUGUGUAGCAGAGAGACAUGCAGGUGAAAUCAGUUAGCUAUCUUUUUGUCUUCUUAUAUUUCUAUUUGUUUUGUUUCGUUUGCUAGUCCCACUCUUAUGUGUGUAAAGACAUAAGUGCAUCAUGGAGGGACGUAGUCCUGUUAAGCAAUAAAACCCUGUUUGAUUGAU